AUGGAACGCCUUCCAAUGAAUGAGAACCCGGCCGGUGCCCACCAUGGCAAUGCGCCGCAGGGUUUCCCCCCGCAGAACAACACGCUCGGACCCAUGUCGCAAGGUCCCCCGCAAUUACCGCCGCAGAUGUUCACCACCGCUGCCCAGCUGUUGGAUUUGACUGAUAAGAAGCUAGUUCUAGUCCUUCGAGACGGGCGGAAGUUGAUCGGAGUUCUGAGAAGCUGGGAUCAGUUCGCAAACCUCGUCCUUCAGGAUACCAUUGAACGUCUAUAUGCUGGCAACCUCUACGCCGAUAUCCCGCGCGGUAUAUUUCUCGUUCGGGGUGAGAAUGUCUUGCUUCUUGGUGAAAUUGAUCUUGACAAAGAAGAUGACAUCCCUCCUCAUAUCCAGCGCGCGUCGGUCCAGGAAGUGUUUGAGCUGAAGAAGAAGGAAGACGGAGCCCGGAAAGUUGGCGACAAGAAGCGCCAUGGGAAGCUACAGACGCUGGGCUUUGAGCCGGAGCAUAGCGGAGAGAUACUGUUUUAG